AGUCAAAAAGUGAACGUCACCGCAUAAGGGCCUGUACCGCGUGUUAGUGUGGCUAAAGUACUCGGUAUGGCGAUUGAAACCACCAGCUCCAAGGACACGCUGGCCGAGCUAGGGGCGGAAGAUGAAACACUGGAAGACUAUGAUCCUUACAAGCACCGUACGAUCAGCAAACCGAACUCCACGUUCGGUACGUUCGUACACGUAAUGAAGGGUGCGAUGGGCGUUGGAAUUCUAUCGAUGCCGUAUGCUAUUCGAAAUGGUGGACUGAUAUUUGGUGUUAUCGGCACGUUCCUGCUGGGAAUGCUGUACUCGCACUGUGUGCACUUGUUGGUAGACACUGCUUACAAGAUUUGCAAGCGAGAACGUAUACCGAUGCUAAGCUUUGCCCAAACUGUGGACCGGGCAUGUGCCUUAGGCUCUCCGAGAAUGCGUCCGAUGGGGAAAAUAUUGAAGAACGUAGUCGAUUAUUUCCUAAUGAUACCGAUAUCAUCCAUGAUCUAUAUGGUGUUCGUCGGCUCCACCAUUCAUGACGUUAUCAAUGCCCGCACCGAUCUCGAUUGGGACGUUCGAAUCUACAUUCUGUUGGUCGCGGUACCGGCGAUCGGAAUAACCCAGGUCAGGGAAAUUAAGUAUCUCGUUCCAUUCUCGGCUAUUGCGACGACGCUGAUCUUUGCCAAUGUCGUCAUUUCCCUGUACUACAUCUUCAAGGAACCACUCUCGUUCGACGAUCGGGAUCUGUUCCCGUCGUUCGAUUCGCUAACAAACUUUCUUGGCGCGGCGUACUUCGCAUUCGAUGCAACAACGCUUAUUUUCCCCGUCUCCAAUCAAAUGAAGCAUCCGGAACACUACCUUGGAUGUCCUGGCAUAGUGAACGUUAACAACAUAUGCUUAGCCAUUCUGUACAGUUUUAUUGGUGUGGUCGGCUACCUUCGGUAUGGUGACAAAAUUCAAGGAUCUAUAACGCUCAACUUUCCCCAAGAAGAAGAUUUGGCGAUGGUAAUACAAAUCCUCUCCGCUGUGGCAAUCCUCUUCUCGAUAGGCAUCUUCUUCUACGUUCCGAUCGAGACCGUUUGGCGAAGGGUGCAUGAACGGGUGCCACCGAAAUGGCAUGUUGCGGUGCAGACACUCAUACGGUUGGCGUACCUCUUGGGGAUCGUAGCCAUUGCUUGCGCUGUUCCGGACAUUGGAACGUUCGUAGGGUUCAUUGGGGCUGUGUUUAAUCCCAUCCUUGCGCUAUGGUUUCCCAUAAUUGUGGAUUCGAUUUAUCGGUGGCCGGGUGACUUUGGAUGGAUGAAAUGGCGGCUGGUGAAAAAUGGUUUAAUGGCAUUGUUUGGAUUGUACCUACUAAUCACGGGAACUAUCUCCAGUGUGGAAGAUAUAAUUGAUUUAUAUAAAUAGAAAUAUGAUGAGUAAAACACCA